AUGGCCUACAUGAACAACGACCGGGGCCCGCUCGUCCCCGGCCAGACGAUAUCCGUGAACAAAUACACGAUCCAGAUCGAGCGAUACCUCUCAAAGGGUGGAUACGCCUAUGUCUAUCUCGUGCGCACUCCCCAGCCGGUGAACGGGACGACGCAGCAUGUGCUCAAGCGGAUAGCGGUGCCCAACGAGGGGAUGCUGGCCGAGGUCAAGAAGGAGGUCGACAUCAUGCGAAUAUUGCGCGGCCAUCCGAACAUCGUGAACCUCAUCGACGCCGCAUGGCACAGGCUACCGAACGGCGUCUACGAGAUCUUCAUCCUCAUGGAGUUCUGCUCUGGCGGCGGCAUAAUCGACAUGAUGAACAGGCGACUCCGCGAGCGUCUGACCGAGGGCGAAAUUCUGCAAAUAUUCGUGGACACAUGCGAGGGCGUAGCAGCGAUGCACAACCUCCGGCCCGCCCUACUCCACCGCGACCUCAAAGUCGAGAACAUCCUCCAGUCCUCAGCGACGCUCUUCAAGCUCUGCGACUUCGGCUCCGCUACACCUGCAGCAUCACGUCCUCCAGCGUCCACAGCCGAAAUUCGCGCACUCGAGACGGACUUGAACAGGCACACGACGCUGCAGUAUCGUGCGCCGGAGAUGGUCGAUCCCUACCUGCGACGGCCGAUCGACGAGAAGAGCGACGUGUGGGCUCUGGGCGUGCUGUUGUACAAGCUGUGCUAUUACACGACGCCGUUCGAGGAGCAUGGACCUCUCGCGAUCUUGAACGUGCAGUACAAGAUCCCGAGCUAUCCGGUCUACUCGGGUCAGAUGAACGCGCUCAUCGGCUCGAUGCUGCGAGAACACGGCGCCCAACGACCGAGCGUGUUCGAGCUUCUGGACGUCGUCCACCGCAUGCGCGGCACCAAGUCGCGUUUCACGUACAACCGCGCCACAGCGCCCGCGCCCUCCUCCGCCUUCCCUCACGGCCCAUCCCACGCCCUCUCACCGCCCCACACACAAACAGCCGCGCCAGUCCCCACACCAAGCCCGAACAAGGGUGUCCAAGCACGCGAGAAGGUGCUCGAGGCCAUCGCGCCCAUGCGCCGUGGUCGACCUGGCGGAUCGAACUCACGCGCGCCGAGUCCGAGCAGGGACGACAGAGAGUUCCGCGCUGCGGAGGAGGCGAGCUGGGCCAAGAUGCAGGGUCAGGGUGUGCGCGGACAUCGAUCGGGUCUGCCGAGUCCUAGCGCGAGUGCGUGGGGUGGAGGGAGAGACGAUGCGUGGGCUACCAGACCGAGUGGCGCGGAGAAGGCUGAGAAGGCGGACAGAAGAAAGACGUUCCAGCCGGGCGCGGGGUCCGGCUUUGGUGAUUCCUUCGAGGGCAUGCUGGGGAGCUCGAGCGCGGCUGCUGCUGCAUCGGCUUCUGCGGCGCUGUCUCCGCCUGCUACUGGGACAGCGGCGUUGAACAUCCCUGGACGGAGAGAUGGAGGGAGAGACGCGUUCUAUGGGUUGGGUAUCAGUCCGAACGAGAAGCCGCCGGCGCCGACGCUCGCAGAGGCGCGCAGGUUGCGUACGGGAUUGGCCACGAGCUCAGGGGCGAACCUGUUGGGCACAAGUCCCAACACCAACCCCAGCCUUCCUCCGCGCACAUCUCCUCGCCCGUCUCCCGCGCCACAACUCCGACCUACACCCUCGCCACAACCCUUGUCAAACUGGACACCAGGCCGACGCUCGCCUCAACCGCCCACAUCAUCAGGCUGGAAGCCCUCAUCAAGCCCGUCAAAGCAAGACGAGAACCUCAGCGCCGAAGAGCGGUUCCCGAGCCUCGAAGACCUCGACCGCGCGCUUUCACCACCAACGUCCUCUCUACCCAAAUCCAGCCAGAGCAACAGCAGCCCUCAACUCCCUCCUCGCCCACCCCAAUACCUCUCUCAGUCCCCCGCGAAACAGCCCGCACUGGGCCGACUCGGCGUACCGAAGGCGACAGGCGACGGCGUACGCUCCGAACACGUUACGGGCGCCGCUAUGCGCGCUCAGCCCGAUUCGAGCGGUUCGGGUAUCACCGUCUCGCGCCCGCAAAUCGUUGCGCGACCCAGUCUUGUGAGGAGACAUCGGAGCAGUAUCAGUAUCAAGCCUACCGCGACGUCGCCUCAAGAGCCGUUGGUCAAUCUCUCUUCAAACACGAUCACGAACGCGCAUAUCGCCUCGUCACCCUCUAUAUCGUCAUCUUCGUCCGAAGACGCAUCGCCCGAUGUGCUCAAGCGCCCGCCGUCGGCAGCGGAGAUCUUGGGACGCCCGGAGCCGGGUACGAGGGACUGGUUAACGGGCUCGGACGAUGACACGCAGACCGCCUCCGCGAUCGCGAGCGGACAGGCCGUACUGCGAGGAAGCCCGUCCAAGCGCGCGAGUGUACUGAUGAACGCGCCCGCGCCGGCGUUUGCACAGGCUAUGAGCGCCACGCACGAUCGGACGCCGACGAACGAGGUCUCGCCCAGUGUGGAGGAGACGGCGCCGGCGAACAAGUACAGCUGGAGGCAGAAGCUCGUCGAUACGCCCUCGUCCGCUGCGCCUUCGACGUCCCAGCCGAAACCGACGACAAGCAGCUUUGGAGGAGCGCGGACGACACCUACCGGGACAGCGCUGGCGUCUAAACCCGUCGCAUCAUUCGGCACGGGCGCGACUAAACCGCUUGUACGACCUAAACCGGCGCUGGCGUCUAAACCGCUUAUACCCGCUGCGCCCGUCGCGUCGCAGAGCACGCAACAGGCCGAGGCAUUGUCGGAUAACUGGUCGCCCGUUGAGAACACGCACGAUCAUGCCGCUGGGUCCGGGUCGUCGAGAUUGCAGAGGCAACAGAGGUCGCGGUCAAAGUCGAAGAGUAGGGCGAGGAGCAAGUCGAAGCCGAGAGGAGCGCCGAGUAGUGGGGAGAGCGACGAGGGACCUGAAGAUGCGGCGCCGAGACGGGCGAGGGCGCAUGGGCGGCAGAGCUCGGUGCAUGAUCUGGUCGAUCUGUGGGAUAGUAAUCCUGCUGCGAAGAAUGCGAGCGGGGCAGGGGCGAAUGGUGUGGAGAGCCGGACGAACGUUACGAGCAAGCCUGUACCGGAGGAAACGCUGCCGCCACCUUCUCCCGCCAAAGGACCCGGAUCGAGCUUCACGCGCGUACGCGAGCUCGCUGCGCAACCCAGCGGGUCCGAAUCGACCUCAACUUCGAACUCGUCUAUACCCCGCUCGUCGCGCCCAAGACCUCAGUCGAUGUUACUUUCCUCUACACCGCUCAAAGCGCCCGCUGCAGCCGAACCGACUGGUCUGCCCAAGUCGCUCGGGCCGCCUCCGAAUCCGCGAGCCAAUACCACCCGACGUACCUCGAUCUCCGAUAUGGUGCUCAAGUAUGAGUCUUUGAACUCUCCAACGGCCGCGACCACCCCAACACCGAAUAGCGCGAGCUCCAACUCGAAGGUGGCUCCGCCGCCUACGAACGCUAGUACCAAGCCCACGACGGGUAUAUCGAAAGUCGCGAGCCACGGCACUGCUUCGUCGAUCUUACCUUCCCCUUCACCGCGUCUGGGCACGUUUGCGGUUCCAGCUUCUCCUAUGCAGUCACGCUCGAGGAGCAUGGGUACGGCGUUGACAUCGGGUCCUGCACAGCACGAUGAGCCUCAACCUGCGCGGCCGUCACGCACAGGCGGUGCAGUGGGCUUACCGGGUCUGACGAGUCCGGGCGCGAAAGCGCCAUCAAGGUCCAUGACACUCGAUACCACAGGCGACGACAGAAGCACGACCGACAAGAAACCCUUCGCACUCCCCCAACCCACCCCUCAACGCCCCGCCGCAUCCCCAGCGCCGUUCUACGAGCAGCGCGAGCGCGAAAGGGAGAAAGAGCGCGAGGCUCAGCGCGCCGCUGAGCCUCCCGCCGUUUCUGCUCAUCAUGGGAAUGGGAAUGGGAAUGGGCACGGAGGGGACGCGAGGAGUCCGUCGCCGGAUAAGCCGUUCCAGGGCGUUGGGAGGUUGAUUGAUCAGUGGCAGCGGAAGGCGGGCGCGGAUGGUGGUGCUGGUGCUGGUGGGGCGGCGAGGAAGGGGUUGCCGGUCUCUGGGAGGCGAUAG